CUGGUGAAGGAAGAUGGCAUACGUGUUCCUUGUAUAUAAACACAGAGGAAGACGAUAAUUCAGUUCUUCACAAAAAAAUUCAUUAUCGCUAGAUCUGUGGUGGCAGUCGCAGUAAUGUGUUUGUAGCUGCCCUGCUUCUUGUUGGAUCUCCGUUCUUGAAAUUGUAUAAUUUUAAUUUUUAGCCAUCUCUGAAGAUAUGGCCCUUGCAUUUGCUUCUUCAUUGCGCGUUGCUGCUGGAAAGGGACCCCUUUGCAACAUAAAGCCUUUUAAUUCCAACCUAACUGCUACCAUAAAAUUGCCUACUCAGAGCAAGUUUUCAUGUUCUGCAACUCUGACUACCGACAGAACUCAGGGUUUUCAGGCAUCUGAGUUUGAUUUAGAGAACAAAAAACAUAGUCUGUUGAACACUAUUCAGGACACUCAACGAGGCCUGGUUGCAACUUCUGACAAACGCUCUGAAAUUGAAGAGGCUCUGGUGAGUGUGGAGGGAUACAACAUGGGUGAGCCAAUUAAUCUUGAAGAGUUGGAUGGAACAUGGCGCCUGCAGUAUACUUCUGCUCCUGACGUACUAAUUCUUCUAGAAGCUGCUGCAAGACUUCCCUUCUUUCAGGUUGGGCAGAUCUUCCAGAAAUUCGAAUGUCGGGAUAAAUCUGAUGGAGGGGUCAUCCGUAAUGUUGUUCGCUGGAGUGUUCCAACAUUGUUAGAGGAACAAGAAGGUGCUACUCUGGUUGUUUCUGCAAAGUUUAAUGUUGUUUCUGUUCGUAAUAUCUACCUUCAGUUUGAAGAGAUUUCUGUUCAAGAUAUAAACAUCAGUGAAGCGCUGCAAGCUAUAAUAGCUCCAGCAAUACUGCCACGGUCAUUUUUAAGUUUACAGAUAUUGCAAUUUCUGCGCUCAUUUAAAGCUCAAAUUCCUGUAACAAACCCAAAUCCGGGCAGGCGAUCAGUUGGAGGACUAUAUUACCUUUCCUACUUGGAUAGAAAUAUGCUUUUAGGUCGUGCAGUUGGAGGUGGAGGAAUAUUUAUUUUUACCAAAUCUCAACCUCUUCACUUGUAAGGCACAAAACAACUUCAAUUAUUUGAUUAAUCGCUUACUCCUACUGACACUUUGUAAGUCAAAAAAACCCUUGAUUUGAGAAGUAAAAGGACCGGGAAUGGAGGCUCGUAGCUUCAAGGAAUUGAAGCAAUACUUUUCACUGUAGAUUGUCCAAGAACUGCAAAAAAGCUUGGCUCUGCCCAAAAAUAAAGAAACGCCCAAUACCCUUGACCUUUCCUUGUCCUUUGAUAUCAUGGUGUAAAAAAUAAAAAAUAAAAAAUAAAAGAGGAAAAAGCUCAUAAGGUUAUAUUUGCCCAA